UCUAAAUCUAUAAACACAAGUUCUUGUUCACACAAAUUACAUUAGCACAUAAAACAAAGUUUAUAUUUUUAUUUACAAAUCUUCUUUAAGCGUUUUUUAAUAAAAUGGAAAAGGAAUUGGUAGAAGAUACCGUUGAUCAAGCUUGUCGAACAGCAGAGGAAUUCACAAAAUUGUACUAUGACAACUUAGAUAAACGGAGACACCUUAUCUCAAAACUUUACAUGGAUUCUGCAAUACUUGUGUGGAAUGGAAAUGGUUAUGAAGGAAAAGAUCAAAUCAACAAAUUUUUCAACGAGUUGCCUCCCACAGAACAUAUUAUUUCCACUCUCGAUGGUCAGCCAAUAACUGGUCCUGCAGUAACUGAUCAGACGACGCUUUUAGUGAAAAUAAGUGGACGUGUCAGCUACGACGACAAAAACCAUAAACCAUUCAAUCAGAACUUUUUGAUAACAGCAAUAGAUGGUAAAUGGAAAAUUGUAAAUGAUUGUUUCAGGAUGCAAGAGGUUAUUAUGUAAUAUUUAUUAUUAUUCUUUUAAUGUAAU